UAUAAAAUUGAUUAUACAGUUGUGUGUAUAAUCAAUGCUUAUAACUCGUAGAAAAACGGUGUUCCCCUGCCCCCAAUUCGUCAGUCCGCCACUGUUAUGUUCCCGUAGCCGUGAACUUUACCACAGCCAAAUUUUUCCCCCACUACUUUAAAAACUAAAACAAAAACAGUUGUGUUUUGUUUACAUGCAAUUACUACUUCACUUGUUUAUAACAAUUGAUAGUAUUCUGAACAAUUCGCUCAGAUGCAGUCUCACCUGCAAGCAGCUUUAUUAGGCCAUGGAAUUAACACAAAUAUUUCCUUAACCACUACAGAAGAGGAAGAUAAAGAUGAACAAGAUGAGGAAGGGGAGGAUGUGGAGGAAUUUGUUGAUGAGGAACUUGAUUGCGAAGGGCAACGUACCGGAAAAAAUAAUGCAGGUAACACGUCAACUAGUCGCACAAUUACUUUACAAAUGCUUCUUUCUGCUGGUAUACUUCAACCUGGAAAUGGUUCUAUGACGAUAGAGUACUUGGGACAGAAAUUCGUCGGCGAUUUAUUGGAGGACGGAAAAAUCAGAAGCCAGGAGACCGAUAUCGUCUUCGCAUCACCUAGCGCUUGGGCGAUCGCUUGUAAACGAUUUAUAAACCCUGACAAAAAAUCGGGCUGUGGAUGGGCUUCGGUCAAGUACAAAGGCAAAAAACUGGACGCGUAUAAGAAUAUAUGGUACAAAAAAAGGAAGGAAGGAGAACAGAAGCACGACAAAGGAGACAUUACUAACGCGAUGCUCAUCGCUACGGAGAAAAGGUCGUACGUGGAAGAGUUCGAAAACGAGAUGUUUGAGCUGUCUAAAGUUAUGGCGGCGUCUAUUUCCCAAUCGCGGGUUGUUGUUAAACACAAUACUAUCGCCAAUAGAACGUUCACACAUGACGCCAAUACGUUAGUGGAAUGUGUCCCCUUUUCAAAUUUGGGAAAAAUACAGCCGUUUCUUAUAUCGUUAUCAACAAAUGCCGCUUUGUUACUGGAUUUUCAUUGCCAUUUAACAAAAUCGGAAGUGUGUGGAUAUUUGGCCGGUCAUUGGGAUGUAAAUAGCCACAACCUACAAAUUACUCACGCUUUUCCGUGCCGUAACGUAAAAUCGGAAAGAGAAAGCGCCCCUCAAGUAGAAGCAAAAAUUGCUAAAAUGAUCGAAAAGGAGCAUUUAACACUUGUUGGUUGGUAUCACUCGCAUCCCCAUUGCGCGGCAACACCCACAUUACGGGACAUUGACGCACAGCUCGAUUAUCAAAUUCGAAUGAAAGGGACCUCAGAUAAUAGUUACACUCCUUGUAUUGGCAUUAUAGUGUCUCCAUACAGUUAUGAAAACACUUCCUUGGAGUCAAACAUCAUAGCGUAUUGGGUGAUCCCACCACCCGAAGCAAAGCCAAACGAAUAUGGGCGUCCAAUGUUAAUGUCUUAUAGUGUCGUGCAGGACUCCAUACUAGCGACGAACGUUAUGGAUGAAAUGAAAAAGUGCGCACAGUACUAUCAGAAAGAGAAGGACUUCGUACAUUUUAUGGACAAAUUUAAUGCUACCACGACAUAUAUAGAAAAGUUAAAAACGACUCUGACAUCCAAAUUUCCAAGAGAUCAAAACGAAACCACACUCUGGUCGUUUAUUAGAGAUAUAUUGGGAUGCAGUUUCCUCGACAAGGAAAUACCCAUUUCGAUACCGUCGGUUAGCAAAACGUCUCAUAUGCUCGCAAGCUUAGGCACAACAGUAAAUUUAAAUCCAAGUCUGAUGAUGAACACCGACAUUGCUAGCAUGCUCUUCAACUCUGGGAAGUUUACAAACAGUUCAUUAUUAGGUAUCCCAGAUCCAAUGGCUCAAAGUACAUUAGCGGCGAAUAGUAUGUUUUUAUCUCCAAACUUAUUUAAAAUGCAAGAUCUGCUGCGUCCGUUAUCCACAAGCAGCCCAAUUUCUACUAAAUCGAAAAGCGACAUCAAAAGCUCACAGUUGAAAAUUCCGAGCAGUACCGAGAUCAAAACGUCGAAAUACGACGUCCCGACCGAUUUAAAUAUUUUAAACCUUAAAAACAAGUACGAUUUCGUCGGAUCGGAUAUGAACAUAUCGAGAAGUUCGAGCCGAAACGAUUACAACGUGUCCGAUUUGAGUAUCUCGAGCGUUAAGAUGCCAAAAAUGGAGUUUUCUGUUGCCGAUUUGAGCGUGUCCAGUGUUCGUGCGCCGAAAAGUGAUUACAGCAACUUAGAUCUAAGCAGAAGUUUAAGGGAACCGUCUCCGAAAAUGGGUAAAGCUGAAUAUCCCACUCUGGAUCUGAGUUUGUCUUCUAGCAAAAGUAUAAUCGAUAAUUUCGAACACAUUCCUAGCGAUCUGAGCGUGACCAAAUCGGAUGAAUUUUCGUCGUUAAGUUCGUUAAUCGAAAACACUACUGGUUCUGGUGUUGAUAAGGAUCGUAUUAUGCCUGAGUAAACUUAUGCAUAGUAUUUUGAAUAUGUGUGUUAUCACUUAUUUAAGGCUGGUUUUACAAUUGCACCUGUUUGCAGAAAAAUGCAAUUGUAUUAAUAAUUUCCAUGGUUAACAUUGUUUUUACGAAUGGGAAGAAUGUCUAACUGGAAAUUGGUGUUGGUGACACAAAAACCUUAGUGCCAGGUUAUUGACGAUAAACAGACAAAAAUCAAAAAUAGGGUGAGAAGGCUGAAAACUCGGACUGGGAAAUUUUAUUGCAGUUUCGAAUAGUGUUUAAAUUUACCUAAAUUCAAAUGAUUUGGAUCAUUUGAAUUUCCAAAAUAUCACUGCAUGUUUUACAUUUGAAUUUCAGGACAUAGAUCAGAUACUGAACAUGUUAACUACGCAGUGAGGUUGUGAUGUCACAAGUCGAGCAUUCCUAACACAUUAAGAGAAGUAAUGAGGAGAUCGAUUAUUAAAUAGUAAUUUAUUUAUUCUGUCUCAGCGCUACUAAAGCCCUAUUUAUGGAAGCGGGGGUGAGUAUGAAAUUGUCGCAGGUCAGAACUUGGAGAACCCAUAUUUCUGGUGCCACUUACAAUCUCCUAAUUGAAAUAAUCAUGAAUGAUCUAAGCUGAUCUUUCCCUCAAAAAUCUCCCUUCAAAACUAGUCAAUUUUAUCGGUUUUUAUCAGAUAACCCGCCUUUUUCGCGAUGUGGAGCUCCUCUUUUUUAUUAAGGCAUUGGCCAUAUCCUUUCUGACCACAGUGUAAAAUAAGAUGUGUAUGAAAUGAUGGUUAAAUUGUGAAGCAAGAUCGUGAUCGAUAUCAAUGUCUCCCUCACUUUGAAUUGUGGCGACUUAUGAGCUCCUGAUCGCGCGCAUUAAUUUCGGAAUGGAAUCUAGGGCAAAGAGAAAUAAAUCGGACAAUAAAUACAGAGGACUAAAUUUCUCACGAAAAACUCCCCAACAACAUGCCUACGCUUUAAAACAUUUUUGCAUGAUCUUCUUAUUGUUUGCGCAAAAAAUUGUUUACUCUUAUCUCAUUUUUACAGCAUUUACUAAUAACGUAUCUACAGUCGGCACAGAGCUAACUUAUUAUUCAUAAACGGUGGAAGAGUUUUUGUGGGAAAUUUAUAGUCCUCUAUGUUGUGUUAUUGUGCUUUGUCCUGAUUUGACCUGCGGUCUGAAAUACAUGCGCGCGAUUAUGUUUUUUGUAAGAAAACUCCACUAGUAGAAGUGUAAUAGACUGAGCUGACCUUUCUAGUCUCAUAAAAUGGAUUCACGUUGUGCUUAUACUAAAGAUAAGACAUUUAUCUCUUCACAUUUUACUCCACUCCACCCAAUAGUGUUUUACACACCAAUUAUAUUUUUGAUAUUUGUCUAUUUAUCUUUACAUUCUGACACUCGUGCUGAUCACAUUUUUGUGUUAGGUACCAACAUCCGAAAUAUAAGUAAGUGUUAAUUUUAUAACCAACCCUUAGAUGUGUAAGCGUUUGGAAGGUAAUGACAAAUAAAUGUAUUCUGAACUGUGA